AUGCCCCUCGCGGCGCUCACCGCCGCCUGCGCACUCCCGGCUUCGAACCCGGCCGGCAGCAGCCUCGAGGCGUGCACGUCGACUGAGACGCCUCCAGAGCAGCAGCUGUUCCCGCGCUCGCGCCAGCUCGCGCGGCAGCGUGCCUUCGAGGCCCGGACGAGGCCGGGCCAGCCGACGCUGCGCGAGCUCCUCGCAGCCGCUUCCGACUUUGACGCGAGCGGGCUCGGGCCUGGUCAGCCGGCGCCGGUCACCGCGGUCCUCAAUGUGUGGAACCGGCGCACGCUGUGCCGGCAGCUCGAGGCGCUACUCGCGCAGACGGCGCCGCCCGCGCUCAUCUGGGCGAACCUCAAGUACUAUGGCCGCUUCCAAGCCGCCCUCGCCGCGCCGACACGCUUCGUGGCGGUGAUCGACGACGACAUGGCGCUGCUGCACGUGGCGAUGCUCCGGCCGCCGCUCGGCGCGCGGCGGCUGCUCGGCUCGAUAGGCUGGCUGCUGCCGCCGCCGCAGCAGGGCCUGGUCUUCCGCUCGUACCGCGCGACGGAGAACAGCUCUGGCGGGCUGUACGUGCCCGACCUGGCGUCUCAGGAGUAG